AUGAGUCGAUGUGCUGCUUCUGCUACACCAGCUACGUCUGUGACUCAGAAGCUAGCAAGGCACAGAGACAUACUUCACGAGUUUACCCAGGAGUUCAGAAGAAUCAAGGGGAACAUAAAUUCAUUGAGGGAACAUGCGGAGCUUCUGACUUCAGUCAGAGAUGAUAUCAGUGAGUACAAGGCAUCUGGGAGUAUGUCACCAAGAAUGCAGAUACUACGGGAGAGAGCUGCGAUCCAUGGAAGCGUAUCUCAUAUAGAUGAGGUGAUUAGUCAGGCUCAAACAACAAGGGCAGUGUUGGGCUCUCAAAGGGCUUUGUUUGGAGAUGUUCAAGGGAAAGUGAAAAAUCUAAGUGACAAGUUCCCUAUUAUCCGUGGCCUACUUGGUUCAAUUAGAAGGCGGCGAUCAAGAGACACCCUUAUUCUCGCUGCGGUCAUUGCAGCUUGUACCUUGUUUCUUAUUAUCUAUUGGCUUUCAAAAUAA